UAAAAUGUCUUCACGCUAAUAUUUAUCUUAUGACUAAUCAUGUCUUGACAAAUACAACAACAAACGGUAUGGAAGGAUGCAUUGUUACACCCGGCAACGAUGAAGUCCCAAAUUAAAGGGGCGAUGCGAGCAAAACGAAUUCUCAAAAACGCUACGGUUUACUGGAAAGGGCAAAAAACACCGCUGUUAGACAUACCAUUUACUGGAUCAUUCAGAUAUGUAAGGCUGCCGAAUGAUAAGUUGGCGUUAGAGUUGGUUAGAGGAGCUUUCCUUGGCUUUCGCAGGCACGCUGCUAAUCGAUUUAUUAAAGCGUUAGAUCAGCAUGGAAACAAUUUGUUUGAAUUGUCACGUGUUGGCUACAAUGCUAACUAUUAUCGCAAUAAUAUAGACAGCAUUCUACAAAUGUAUAUAGAAAGGAUGCAACUUGACCAUCUGUUUGCACUCUACCAGAUUAAUCUCAGGUGUAUUACAGCUAAUAAUGAGGUUAAAUAUUUAUUAAUAGAAGCAAUAUCGCAAAAGAUUGUUAAUUUCAUGAAAGAAGCUACAUCUUAUGAUACAAUUGGCAAUUUUCUAGACAAUAGCAAAGGUAUAAUUCGGACAAGAGAAAAGCGCUUUAAAAGGCAUAUAGCUAACUUUAUUUUUCAAAGUCAUCAUGAUCUUGUGAAAAGUAGAGCACAGGUAUUUGAUACAACAAAUAUAUCUUGUGGUGAUUCCGCCAAUGUUGUGGAAUUCAAAAGGAAAAGGUUGUUCGUGGGUGACUCAGGUAUUGAUGAAAGUGUAACCAACAGUUCUAAUUCGUUUACGUUAGACGGACAAACGGUGGACAAUGUGCCCAUAUAUGGAAAUGGUGCCGCCCUUGGUAUGGCAGCAGAUACCUCAAUUCCAAGUAGUUUACAGUGCACCAUUACAGGCUAUAGUUCUGAUUACAUGGAACAUGAUACGUUUAAAAUGCCAUUGGAUAUUGGUAAAUGCUUACGAGGGCAAAAUAUAUUACAUGGGCCUCAUAUGCCUAGCAUUGACCAUGAAACAAAAAGUGAAGAUUGUUUUAUAUCUACAAAUGUAAUUGCAUUGGUAUUUAGCCAUCUAUUAAAGGUAAAAUAUUGGCAUCGUGGGUUUCCUUUCCAUACAUGGAUAAACCAAUAUUUUAUCCAUAAUGCAAAUUUAUAUCACCCUAUAUUCGCCAGGCUUUAUAUUUCAAAUGUUGUCUCUUUAUUCGAUAAAAAUGCCAUUCCAAAAGAAGUGGAUGCAUUGUGCGAUUUAGUAAAAAAGGAUAUGGCAAAUUAUUUAGAAAAAAAGUUAUCCACACAAGAAGCUGUGUAUAUACAAUUAUACGGAUAUUUACAAGAGACUAAUUUUGGCAUAACUGAGCUUGUCGAAAUGUUCUCUAUUGUAAAACGACUAUCGCAUAUAACUAGUUUUAGGAUGUUAUACGAAUACUCUGUCAGGGCAUUGACUGACGCUUUGUUGAUUACACCAGUGGACCUGACAACAAUCAACAGUAUUACCAAUAUAUGCAACAGAAACGAUAUUAUCGGAGGUGUGGAGAGCCUUUUACAUGUUAUGGAGAUAAAGAUGAUGCAAAACAUUCAUACAGCCACCUGCUUGGAUAUCUGCGGCAUGCUACAGGCCCUCUAUAAGCACAGUUUACAUAGCCAGGAUUUGGUUGAUGCCAUUGCUGAUAAGCUGGAUACAGACGACAUUGAUGAUAUCAAUGCGUCAACAAUUGCACUAUCAAUCCAAACUCUUGGUCGGAUGCAAGCCACCUUUCGGAGCAACAAUUUCCUUCAUAGGAUAUCAGAUAUGUUUGUUAACAAUCCUCAAAUGUUUUAUGACUUAUCUGAAUCACAGUGUUCUGGUAUACUUUGGGGAUUGUAUAAGCUUCAUUUCAAGCAUUCACGUUUGCUGGAAGUGGCUCUCAGGAGGUAUUCGUCCAAGGAUUUGGGAACGCCCAAUGUCAAUUCAUUGGUCAUAUCACUGUCUGCCUUGACACGGUUUGACAGUUUCACGAAUGCAUCAGUACUAGUGCAUAUCUACCAGUUAAUACUGAAAAAUAUUACAAACAUGACAAUAUCCACAUCACAACAGCUUAUCACCUGUGUCACCAGAAUGUUGGAAAACAUCACACUUUGUGGAUCCGACCAAAAUAGUUAUAAACGUAUGCAAGUUAUCAGCGGCAAACUGAUUAGCUCUACAAUGAAGCAUGUUUGUGAGAGACUAAUGGAUCAAAUAACAACAGCGCAGGCUGGCGCCAUGCUGAAUGCCCUAUUUAGGUCUGAGCAAAGGACGUCCGAAAUAAUCGCACCGCUCAUCGCAUCUAUCACAGGAACGUAUCGCAAAAAUAUUGACUGGCAAUCGAGUGUACAUGUACCAAGGAAGAGUAUAUUUGCAUAUAAUAUCAUGCCCCCUUGCCCAUUCGACCCUGAGGUAUGUGCAAACAAACUGGAAAAGUUGGAAGUGACUCAUUUAGUUGGCAUGUGCGAAGCUAUACACGGUCUUGACUAUUGGAGUCCAUAUUCGCUCCAUCUAAUGCUACAAAUUCAAAAGCAGAUCAAACCUCAGCUACAUGACAUGAAAGCAACUCAUAUUCUCUCCUCAUGUAUAUCAUUCGUUAACUGGCAUUUUACAGAUAUACAGUUAGAAGGACCCAAUGAUGACAAUUCGAAUCAGCAUAAAAAAACGAAGAUGGAUAUAUCCAAAACCGUGAAUAGUAUGGUGGGUCAUGAUAUCGAAAAGCUUCGAGAGGCAUUCAACAGUUGGUUUGAUGACACCCAACAUAGCUGCUUACCCGGUGUUGAUAUUCUUCAACAUUUUCAUAUGAUACUAAUGAGAAGCCAAUGGAAGGAAGACUUUCUCUUGUGUUGUAUAGAAAGUUUGCAUAGGCACGCUAAUUUCUUAUCAGCGGCAUCAUUGCCCUUAAGAAGGUUAAAAAUGGUGUAUGAUAUGUUACGAUUCAACAUAUAUCUAAAUGGUAAUGUCGGUCACAAGAUGAAAUUGCCACUAUAUACGAAUACCUUUACGGCAACACUGUCUUCCUUUUUAAUAUUGGAACAUGUGGCUCCUAUUCAAGCAUCUCAUAUACCUAUGACGAUGCCUUACAACCUGGUAGAAUUUCUCACGGAGUUAUAUAACAUUUCUAGAACGGAGUCUUUCCACAACUUCAUAUACGAAAAUGGUGGGGGUGCCAGUGGCCUGACUGAUGGUAAUGAGGAUGAGGAUGAUAUAGGGUUAGAGAUCGCCAAUUGUGAUCUUGUGGUUAAAAGUGGUAAUGAAGUCCCACAAAUUAGACCACUGUUAGUAGAUGACAGUUUAGAUAAAAUGGGGGCCGAUUUAUCGGUAUCAUCGUAUCAUGGCCACCAAGGAUCAGGGGCUAUAAUUCACGUGAAAGAUAAAUACAUAUAUGUAGAUCCUGUCAUAGGGGGUUUCCGUACAUCACUGCUCAUUCUUGAUGCUAAGCGCCAUUACGUACCUCACUUAGUCGAAACAAUAUAUAGUUGAUUUCAUCAAG